CAUGACGUCACUCGGACUGGUUGCGGAAGUAAACCAGGCGACGGAACAAACACGAACCCAAAUUAGUUGGAAGUGUAACGCCGUCUCGCAUCUUGUAGACAGCUAGGUAUCAUGGUGGGAUUCAAAGCAGAGAGGCUAAGAGUCAACCUCCGGCUGGUCAUCAACCGCCUCAAACUUCUGGAGAAAAAGAAAACUGAGCUUGCUCAGAAGGCAAGGAAGGAGAUUGCUGAUUACUUGUCAUCGGGGAAAGAUGAGCGCGCUCGUAUCCGUGUGGAGCACAUCAUCAGGGAGGACUAUCUGGUGGAGGCCAUGGAGAUCCUGGAGCUUUACUGCGACCUGCUGCUGGCUCGCUUCGGCCUCAUUCAGUCUAUGAAGGAACUCGAUCCAGGCCUACAGGAAGCCGUGUCAACACUCAUUUGGGCAACACCUCGUCUCCAGUCGGAAGUGAACGAGCUAAAAAUUGUGUGUGAUCAGCUUUGUGCAAAGUACAGCAAGGAGUACGGCAAGCUAUGCAGGACAAACCAGAUCGGCACUGUCAAUGACAGGCUGAUGCACAAACUGAGUGUGGAGGCUCCUCCCAAGAUUCUGGUGGAGCGCUACCUGAUCGAGAUCGCCAAGAACUAUAAUGUGCCGUAUGAACCUGACGCCAUGGUGCGGCCUGAGGUGUGUGUCGGAGAGGAGGCGGACCUGAUCGACGUGAACCAUGACAAGAAGUCUGGAGGUGGAGGCGGUGGAGGUUUCACUGCUCCUGCUGCUGCCAUGCCCAUGGCCAUGCCUAUGCCUAUGCCCAUGCCUAUGCCAACACCCUUCAACUACCCACCUCCCAAAGGAGCUGAACCGUUUAAUGCUCCCAUUGGAAACUACAACAGCUUCCAGCACCCAAUGGGUGGAGGGCAGCCCCCUCAGCUGCCUACUUCUCCCCCUACAUACGAGUCUAUUGAGGACUUUUCUGACAAUACUGUUCCUUCCCAGACUGUAGGUCCGGGCCCUUCGUCUCGCAUGUUUGACAGCAACGCUCUCCCAGAACUCCCCUCUGUUCCCGACACACUCCCCACGUCCUCCUUCGGCGGAAACACCACCACUUCGGAUGACAUCGACUUUGACGACUUGACGCGGCGGUUCGAGGAGCUGAAGAAGAAGAGUUAAUUGAGAUGCCCCCCGGUCCAUAUACUCACACACACAAACACACUUACACUCACAGUUCCAACACCUACACAAAUCAACAAACGGAAAGAGUUCAAGACUCAGAAUCAGAUUUGGAUCUCUCUCCUCCCCCUUUUGCAGUGACGUAACUUUCCAUAGAUAAUCCACGAAUAUGUAUCUUACCUCAUUUAUGGCCUCUCAUGACCUGCUUACUGAAGGUGUGGACGCUCAUUAACCCAUCUAAGAACUGUCCUUUCUUUCCACGAUUCCAGAGAUUGUGGCAUGUUUUAAUUUCUUUCUAUCUGACAAAUGAUAUAAAUUGUUCUAUACAACCAUGUUAGUGUUGAGCCUUGUUCACUCCUCGUCAUUUAAGUUCGCACUGACUUUUCAUUUCCCCCCCCCCAUUCGUCUAUAAUGAACCGCGUCACCGUGUAGAUUUUCAUCAUUGUUUUUGCUGGGGUUGUGGCUCUGACUAAUAUUUACUGUACAUGCCUUGAUUUUUCUUUGCGCACGCUGUGAUCUCUGCCACUGUGUCGCUCAGUCCCGCGUCAGACUGGUCGAACGGGCCUGACGGGCCGUUCCACACCGGUGGGUGAAACGGGCGUUCACACGUCGUGAAGUCACCAUACUGCUUCGGAGGCGGGGCUCCAACACCCAGCAGUGGUUUCCUUAAAGCUACAGGAGACAGCCAGAAGCCAUAUUUUCAGUGUGUUGGCAGGCAUGCAGUUUUGUCACUGUGGAAUCAACAGUUUCAAAGUUUAGAUUUCAAUUUGCUGAGUUUCUCAAACUUUUUCAGUUGUAUCCAUAUCAGAUUAAGCAUGCAUAUUUUAAAACUUUUCAUCUGUUGCGGCGGUGUGAUGGGACACAGAUGUAACGUGACAGAGAAAGUGUAUGGAUGUGUGUAAUAUAAUACUUUUAAGAUAAUCUAGGUAGGCUUAUCUCCAGGACUGAUUUAAGUGUGCAG